AUGGACUUCACUCAGUGUGCUGAGAUAUCCCAGUUCCUGUCCACAAACGCGAGCAAGGGUGAGCCACAGCUUUUCCUCUUCAUCCGAAGCCCCUACCCUCUCCCUGACUGCACUGUGGUCUCAUCUGCCGUGACCCUCACCCUCUCUGUCGUGAUUUGCCUCAGGCUGAGCCUGGGCCCCAGGACCGGCAUGCAGUCAGGCACCAUCCCCAAACCAGUCUCCGUGAUUGCCCGGUUCAGCCCCAUGGCCCUCUGGUGUCAGGGGCCCCUGGAGACUGUGAAGUACCAUCUGGAUAAGGACGGAAUCCCAUGGCACAGACAGAACCCACUGGGGCCCGGAGCCAAGGCCAAGUUCCACAAUCCAUCCAUGGGAUUUCAUGCUGCAGGGCAAUACUGCUGCCACUGUGAGACUCCUGCAGGCUGGUCAGAGCCCAGUGACCCCGUGGAGCUGGUGGCGACAGGAUUGUAUGCAGAACCCACCGUCUCAGCCCUGCCCAGCCCUGUGGUGGCCUCAGGAGGGAACACGACCCUCCAGUGUGACACAAGGAACGGAUUUUUUCUCAUGUUUGUUCUUGUUGAGGGAGGAGAACAGAAGCUCCCCAAAGGGACGUCCCAGGCCCUGUUCCCUGUGGGCCCUGUGACCCCCGGCCACAGGUGGAGGUUCAGAUGCCAUUACCGUUUCUGGAAAAAACCUCAUGUGUGGUCAAACCCCAGUGAUCUCCUGGAGAUUCUGGUCCCAGGCGUGUCUAGGAAGCCCUCCCUCCUGACCCUGCAGGGCCCUGUCGUGGCCCGUGGAGGCAGCCUGACCCUGCAGUGCCGCUCCGAUGUCGACUACGACAGAUUUGCUCUGUACAAGGACCAGGGAGUUCACCUCCUCCAGGGCUCUGGUCAGAAGUUCCAGGCUGGGCUCUCCCGGGCCAACUUCACCCUGAGCCCUGUGAAGGUCUUCCACGGGGGCCAGUACAGAUGCUACGGUGCACACAACGUCUCCGAGUGGUCGGCCCCCAGUGACCCCCCGGAUAUCCUGAUCACAGGACAGAUCCCUGCCAGACCCUCCCUCUCAGUGCAGCUGGGCUCCACAGUGGCCUCAGGAGAGAAGGUGACCCUGCUGUGGCAUGUGGACACUUUCUUUUUGACCAAGGAGGGGGCAGCCCAUCCCACCCUGUGUCUAAAGUCAAAGUACCAAUCUUACAGGAACCAGGCUGAACUCCCCAUGAGUCCUGUGACUUCAGCCCAGAGUGGAACCUACCGAUGCUACAGCAGAACCAGCUCCUACCCCUACCUGCUGUCAGACCCUAGUUACCCCCUGAAGCUUGUGGUCUCAGGUGAGAACCCUGACCCUGUCCUCUCACCCACCGGUCCCACCCCCACACCUGGUGAGUGA